AAUGGCAGAUAUAGCAGCUGCUGUAAAGGGAAAGGCUGAAUACAGACUCAAGGCAAAUUGUGACCGUGAAAGGAUCCAGUUCUGCUUCCAAAGUUUCUCCUGAAAACUGGAAAGCUGAGCCACUAACAGAGCUAGCAGGAGUUGUCAAAACUCCCAAGGAUUUAUUCAGUUGAUGUGAGAGAGUGGGACUGUAUAACAAGCGGACAGACUGCACUGUGGGUGUGGCAGAGGCAGAAAGUGGGAAACAAAGGAGGAACAGGGCUUGGUGACUCAGUGUGGACUGACAGACAGAUCGGAACAAGCCUAUAUGAAAUGCAUUAUUAAUGGUUGAACAGAACAUGCUCAUAUGUGAAUAAGUAAUAAUUGCCUGAAAAACUUUCCAAUUUGACUAGCUCCCAUUAAUUCAGACGAGAGAGACAGAGAAGAGAGAAGGGGAAAGUGACUGGAACUAUUGGAAAACCCUUCACAUACCAGGGUAAAUCUGAUCAUCAAUUCCUGUCACAAGUGAGAUGGUGAAAGACGCUGGAGAUCAUCAGGAAGAAAUCAAGAUGAAAGUCAAGAACUCAGCUGACGAUGCACAGCCGGAAGGAAUACAAGACGCAUCAGCUGGAGGACUUGCCAAAGGGACAGCAGGGACAUCCCAAGGCAAUUUCUCUAAAAUCAUUGCCUACAUUCUCCUGGGACUCUUUGUUCUGCUGAUCAUAAUAUUUGUCGUUGGCCUGCUAAAAUUUAAACAGAUCUCCAAUGAAAUUAAAGAUUUGAGGAAUGAUGUGACAGCCCAGCUUGCAGACAUGAAGCAAAAGCUGACCAAUGAUAUACACAGUGGGCACAUGCAGUUUCAGCAAGGACAGAGAGAUGUACUGAGUGCCAUUUCAUCAGUGUCCGCAGAUGUGAAGCACAGUCAGUCAAAGAUAAAAAAUGACAUGGCAAAUUUGGAUCAGCAAAUACGCCAAACACACAACGACAUUAUAGAUCAGCUGAAAGGAAUAAAGGAGAACUGUCAGUGUCGAUUAGAGUGUCCUGACGAAUGGAAAGAAUUCCACCAAAAAUGUUAUUACUUCUCACCAAACACAGAAGACUGGUCAACAUCACAGAGAUUCUGCUUAUCAAACACGUCCAAUCUGGUUGUGAUUAACAGCGCCGAGGAACAGGGAUUUUUGAAUAAAGAGAUUAGAUUAACUCGACAUUGGAUUGGACUCAGUGGUACAAAAAUGGAUAAUUGGAGUUGGGUGGAUGGAACACAAUAUAAUACCACAUUCAAGUUUUGGGCUCCUGGCGAACCGAAAGAUCUUAGGAGUUAUGAAGCUUGUGGCGGUAUGAAGAGUGAUGGGAGAUGGAAUGUCCACUUGUGUGAUCAGAAACUGAACUUCAUCUGUGAACGCCCAGUUUUCUGUCAUUUCAAAUAACUUGCCACCCAGAAACCAGGGAAAAACCUGAUUUUUUUUUUGUUUCCAUGUCUAUCUUCGGAUUCUAGACUUCAAUCUUGGCCCAACCACUCAGGCUAACUCCCCUGCCCCAGGUACAACAACUCCUACUCUCUUUUUAAUUUCAAUUGUGCAAAAUACCAAAACAAAUAGCACAUCUUACCCCUACCUUUUAAGGCACAUCAGAAAAAACAUUUGACAGAAUUUAAUUGUGUGUUUAUUUUUGCUGCCUAGAAAGCUUAUUUCAAUCAAAUUUUUAUUGCGUUAUUUUGCUUAAUGUAGAACUGUAGUAAUUUCCUGCACCAGGAUUGUGCGAGUCUGUGAGAAUGUUAUAUUUUCUACUCUGCAACCAUUCUGCCAGAGAUGGGCAUGUGCUAUAAAAUCUGUGUACUAGCCACUUCAUAGCAACUUUAUCUUUAUGUUUGUAUCCACUUUCCUCAAGCUGCUGAUCUUUUUUUGGGGGAAUCCAAGAAAAGAAGGUGCCCCACAGCUAUCUAAUGACACCGCUGAGCACCACAGCACUUUUCCCUUUCACCAUUUUGAAAUCUGGAGCCCAGGCUAAGAGAGUUGGUCAUGCUGGAAUGAAACAUAAGCUGACUCCAAAGCAAAACCCUCCCUGAUGCCUUUUCUUGUUUUGAAUCCGGCGUAGCCUCUCUGUGAUAAACGCAUGAAAGAAUUUAAACCUUUACAACAUGGACCAGACCACUUCAAAUAAAACAGAAUAUUAAUUCUUUCA